GACGAGGAGGAGGUCGGCGUGCGCCUGCCCACCUCCCCGGCGCCCACCGACGGGCUGGGGGACCUGGACCUGGGCCUCGGGGUCGCGGAGAUCGGGCAGGUGGGCUCCCCCACGGAGCUGCCGGUGCCCACCCAGCCGCCGCCCGCGUCGCCCCAGGAGGUGCCCGCCCCCACCUCGCCGGCCCCCUCCGCCGGGCCGAGCGCCCCGGAGCUCCUGGACGCCCUCCGGGGGGUGCUGCCGCGCAUGGCGCCCCACAUGGCCGAGCGCCAGGAGGUGUCGAGCCCCACGGAGGUGCCCGCGCCCACGUCGCCCGCGCCGUCCUCGCCGCGGUCUCCAGGUGGGGGCGACGUUGCCGCGGUGCCUCCGCCGAGGCCGGGGCAGGGGCUGCUCGCCGCGCCCGCCGCGCCGCCGCUGGACCCGUCGUCGCCGACGGAGAUGCCCGUGCCGACCCAGGUGCCCUCGCCCACGUCGCUCGCCCCGGACGACAUGGACGUGCGGGACCUGCCAGUGCCGGGCGUCGACGGCGCGCGCGGGGAGCUCGCGUCCCCGACGCACAUCCCGUCGCCGACGUCGCCCGGUGACGACGGCGAGGAGCCAGACGGUCUCGGCGGGCCGCCCCCCGGGCCCGGCGGCAUGCCGCUGGGCCGCAUCGACCUGCGCUACGCCGAGUCGGUGGAGCUGGGGCAGUCGUCCGCGAUGCCGCUGGCGCCGUCCUCGCCGACGGAAGUGCCCGUGCCCACCGAGCAGGCGCCUUCGCCCACAUCUCCGAUCGCGGAGGAUGAGGCAGACGUCCCCGUGAUGGCCGCGGUCCGCCCUGUGUCCGCCACGCGGUCUCCGACGCGCGACGGGGCGGCGCCCAGCGAGGUGCCGACGCACCUGACACAGCCGAGGCCCACAGAGACCCGGUCGCUGCCCACGGCGUCGGCAGGAACGAGGAUGUCUGCGCCCACGCUGGUGCCCACUCGGACGCAGACCGUG